UUUAUCAAAGCAGAGAGAGAAAUGAGAACGAUGAUCGGAAAGUGUUGGAAGGCUCUUGGAACCGCCGGAAAGUGUGAUGGUGGUCAUUACUACGGCGUGAGGACGAUGGUUGGAAAAGCCUCAAACCGAGCCGGUGUUCAUGGUUCCAGGAUUCCCGACGCUAAAGCACUUGACAAUGAGGAAGAGAUUAGGGAAAGGAUUGAUAAAGGGGGAGAAGACAAAGAACAGAAAAGAAGAGAAGUUGAGAAAAAAGUCUCGCAAAGAGAUGUUGUCACUCUACAAGCUUAUCUUUCUCCAUUGGGGUCUCAAAGUAUAAUCCACUCCAGAUUCUUACAGAUUCCAUGGAGACGACAAUCAUGCUUCUCAAAGCAUUUGAAUUUCUACAGCACAGGCCUCUCUAAAGCCGGCAAGCUCGACGAAGCCGUCGUCACUCUGAUAGAGAAGUCGUCAUCCUCACCUUCAAAUCUCUCCAGCCCCGAGGCUUACACAGACGUUCUUCAUGCCUGCAUCUCCGCUAGAUCGCUCCACCACGGCCAAAAAAUCUGCGCUUUGGUUCUCAACGACCCUAGUCUCCGUCACGACCCCAAAUUGCUAAGCAAGCUCAUAACCCUUUUCUCGGUUUGCCGCCGACUGGAUCUCGCUCGGAAAAUCUUCGACGAUGUCACCGACUCGGCCUUCCUCACUGAAGAAGUUUGGGCGGCGAUGGCGAUUGGAUACUCUAGGAACGGGUCACCGAGAGACGCUUUGCUCGCGUAUGUGGAUAUGCUCUGUAGUUUCAUCGAGCCAGGGGAUUUUUCGAUUUCCAUCGCGUUAAAAGCUUGCAUCGAUCUCAAAGAUCUCCGGGUCGGUAGAGGAAUCCAUGCCCAGAAAGAUGCAGGAAGAGAGAAUCGGGUUUAG